UUCCAAUCCACACAAAACGCACAUAUAUAUAUAGAGGUGAAUUUAUUCAUUCAUUGUCUUCACUUGUGAGUUCUAUUAACGCAAAAUCAGAAACGAUGGAUCGGAUUCAACUUCUGCUAGUAGGACUCCCUCUUUUCCUCUUCUCAACUGACAUCUUCAACCUCUUUCUCUCUCCUCCUCAAAAACCCUCUUCUUCUUCUACAAUACAUCAUCAUCAUAAUCAUGUCCCUAAACCUUCUUCAAUUCAUCAACCCCUUGAAUUCCCUACUCAGCAAUCGAAUUCCAUUGGUUAUGGACAUACUGUCACUAUUGAUUUCUGCUCCUCUUGCUCUUACAAGGGUACUGCUGUGGCUAUGAAGAAUAUGCUAGAGACUCAGUUUCCUGGAAUUAAUGUUGCUCUUGCGAAUUAUCCACCUUCACCUCCAAAACGCAUCCUAAGCAAAUUGGUACCUGUUGCUCAAGUUGGAGUAUUUGCCGUCAUAAUGGCAGGUGAUCAGAUCUUUCCUAGGCUGGGAAUGUCUCCCCCAACAUGGUAUUACUCAUUGCGUGCUAAUAGAUUUGGAACUAUUUCUGCAACCUGGCUAUUUGGGAAUUUCAUCCAGUCCUCCCUACAAAGCUCUGGUGCUUUUGAAGUUUUUAUUGAUGGAGAACCAGUAUUUUCGAAAUUGGCACAGCAAAGAUUUCCUGGUGAAAUUGAAUUGAAGGACCUCAUUGGCAAAAGGCUUGCUGGUUCUAAAUUUGUGGACGCUUCGGGGGCUAAUAUGUGGUCUUGAAGACAAUCAGGAGAACUUUCUACUAUCCUAGUUUAAUGAAUUGACAUGGAUAUUUUAACCCUCUGGUUUUUCUUGCCAUGUAAAUUUUGAUAUCACCACUGGACGUAAAGAUGAUCAUAUAUGUACUCAGAUUUUGGUGCCUUGGCUUGUACUGCAAUUUAUGAUCUAUAGUGUGGUGUUACAUUUUCUUUC